GGAGGCGGCUCUCUGGGCGCGGACCCGCCACCCGCUCCUCCCCGGGCGCCCCCGCCCGGCCUGGUGGUACGGUCCGAGCUUAAAAAGCCCCGGCGGCCGCGGGCUGGCAUAGUGUGUGGGCGGCGGCGGCGCGCGAGACCUCGGGCGCGGUGGCGCGGGCGCGCGAGCGGGGGCCGGGGCAGGGCCUGGGGCGCCGUCCACGUGGUUGGCGGGCUGCCACCCGGAGCCGGCGGCUGCGGAGGGACAGGCCCAUUCCUGGGUGUAGCUGCUGGCCAUGCACGCUGUCUGCCUCCUCCCACUGUUCCUCCUCGCCAUGGCGGGGGCCCUGGGCAGCAGCAAGACCUUCCCCACCUUCUCGGUGACAGAUACCACGCUCACCCACCUGGCUGUGCACCGGGUGACCGGGGAGGUCUUUGUGGGCGCAGUGAACCAUGUCUUCAAGUUGGCCCCCAACCUGACUGAGCUGCGGGCCCACGUCACAGGGCCUGUUGAAGACAAUGCUCGCUGCUAUCCGCCGCCCAGCAUGCGUGUGUGCGCCCACCACCUGGCGCCUGUGGACAACGUGAAUAAGCUGCUGCUCAUAGACUAUGCAGCCCACCGCCUGGUAGCCUGUGGUAGCGUCUGGCAGGGCAUCUGCCAGUUCCUGCGCCUGGACGACCUUUUCAAACUGGGCGAGCCACACCACCGCAAGGAGCACUACCUCUCGGGGGCCCGGGAGCCCGACUCCAUGGCAGGUGUUAUUGUGGAGCAGGGCCAGGGGCCCAGCAAGCUGUUUGUGGGUACUGCUGUGGAUGGCAAGUCCGAGUACUUCCCUACCCUGAGCUCCCGCAAGCUUAUUGGUGACGAGGACGGCGCCGACAUGUUCAGUCUGGUGUACCAGGAUGAGUUUGUCUCCUCGCAGAUUAAGAUCCCAUCAGACACACUGUCCUUGUACCCUGCCUUUGACAUCUACUACAUCUAUGGCUUUGUGAGUGCCUCCUUCGUGUACUUCCUGACGCUGCAGCUGGACACCCAGCAGACACUGCUGGAUACGGCAGGGGAGAAAUUCUUCACAUCCAAGAUCGUGCGCAUGUGCGCAGGGGACUCGGAGUUCUACUCCUAUGUGGAGUUCCCCAUCGGCUGCUCCUGGCACGGUGUGGAGUACCGCUUGGUGCAGAGUGCCCACCUGGCCAAGCCUGGCCUGCUGCUGGCCCAGGCCCUGGGUGUGCCUGCCGAUGAGGAUGUCCUCUUCACCAUCUUCUCUCAGGGCCAGAAGAACCGGGCCAGCCCGCCCCGGCAAACCAUCCUCUGCCUCUUCACCCUCAGCAAUAUCAAUGCCCACAUCCGGCGCCGCAUCCAGUCCUGCUAUCGCGGGGAGGGCACGCUGGCCCUGCCCUGGCUGCUGAACAAGGAGCUGCCCUGCAUCAACACUCCCAUGCAGAUCAACGGGAACUUCUGUGGACUGGUGCUGAACCAGCCGCUGGGAGGCCUGCAUGUGAUUGAGGGGCUGCCCCUGCUGGCUGAUGGUGCGGACGGCAUGGCCAGUGUGGCUGCCUACACCUACCAGCAGCACUCAGUGGUUUUCAUCGGCACACGCAGUGGCAAUCUCAAGAAGGUGCGGGUCGAUGGCUUCCAGGAUGCUCACCUGUAUGAGACGGUGCCUGUAGUGGAUGGCAGCCCCAUACUCCGAGAUCUGCUCUUCAGCCCUGACCAUCAACACAUCUACCUCCUGAGUGAGAAGCAGGUGAGCCAGCUCCCAGUGGAGACGUGUGAGCAGUACCCGAGCUGUAUAGCCUGCCUGGGCUCGGGGGACCCACACUGUGGCUGGUGUGUGCUGCAGCACAGAUGCUGUCGCAAAGGGGCCUGUCCAGGUGCCUUGGCCCCACAUGGCUUUGCUGAGGAGUUGAGCAAGUGUGUCCAAGUGCGGGUCCAGCCCAACAAUGUGUCAGUGACAUCACCUGGGGUACAGCUGACCGUGGCCUUACACAACGUGCCCGACCUCAGUGCGGGGGUGAGCUGUGCCUUUGAGGAAGUGACGGAGAGUGAAGCCAUCCUGCUGCCCUCUGGGGAGUUGCGCUGCCCCUCCCCAUCCUUGCAGGAGCUCCAGGCUCUCACCCAGGGGCAUGGGGCUUCCCGCACUGUGCAGCUGCAGCUGCUCUCCAAGGAGACUGGUGUGAGGUUUGCUGGGACUGACUUUGUUUUCUACAACUGCAGCAUUCUCCAGUCGUGCAUGUCCUGCGUUGGCAGCUCUUACCCCUGCUGGUGGUGUAAGUACCGCCAUGUGUGUACCAGCCACCCCAGCGAGUGCUCCUUCCAGGAAGGCAGGGUCCGUAGCCCUGAGGGCUGCCCUGAGAUCCUGCCCAGUGGGGACCUCUUGAUCCCAGUUGGUGUCAUGCAGCCUCUUACCCUGCGGGCCAAGAACCUGCCGCAGCCCCAGUCAGGCCAGAAGAACUAUGAGUGUGUGGUCCAGGUGCAGGGCCGGCAGCAGCGUGUGCCCGCCUUGCGCUUCAACAGCAGCAGCCUGCAGUGCCAGAAUGCCUCGUACUCCUAUGAAGGCGAUGAGUAUGGUGACACCGAGCUGGACUUCUCUGUGGUCUGGGAUGGAGAUUUCCCCAUCGACAAGCCUGCCACCUUCCGAGCUCUGCUAUACAAGUGCUGGGCCCAGCGGCCCAGCUGCGGCCUCUGCCUUAAGGCUGACCCCCGCUUCAACUGUGGCUGGUGUGUCUCAGAGCACAGGUGCCAGCUGCGGGCCCACUGCCCAGCCCCCAAGACCAACUGGAUGCACCUGAGCCAGAAGGGCACCCGCUGCAGCCACCCCCACAUUGCCCAGAUCCACCCACUCAUGGGGCCCAAGGAGGGAGGCACCCGAGUCACCAUCGUGGGCGAGAACCUGGGCCUUACCUACCGAGAGGUGGGCCUGCGGGUGGCUGGUGUUCGCUGCAACUCCAUCCCUGCUGAGUAUGUCAGUGCCCAAAGGAUUGUGUGUGAGAUGGAGGAGUCGCUUGUGCCCAGCCCGCCGCCAGGGCCUGCGGAGCUCUGUGUAGGUGACUGUUCUGCUGACUUCCGCACACAGUCUGAGCAGCUCUACAGCUUUGUGACCCCGACGUUUGACCAUGUGAGUCCCAGUCGGGGCCCAGCGUCUGGGGGCACAAGGCUGACUAUCUCUGGGAGCUCUCUGGAUGCCGGCAGCAGGGUCACAGUGACCGUGAGAGAUGGCGAGUGCCAGUUCGUGAGGAGAGACGCUGAGGCGAUUGUGUGUAUCUCGCCUGUCUCUACCCUGGGACCCAGCCAGGCUACCAUCAGCCUGGCCAUCGACCGUGCCAACAUCUCCAGUCCUGGAGUUCUCUACACUUAUACCCAGGACCCCACUGUCACUCGCCUUGAGCCCACCUGGAGCAUCAUCAACGGAAGCACUGCCAUCACUGUGAGUGGAACACACCUGCUGACGGUUCAGGAGCCCCGGGUCCGGGCCAAGUACCGAGGCAUCGAGACUACCAACACAUGCCAGGUGAUCAACGACACUGCCAUGCUGUGUAAGGCCCCUGGCAUCUUCCUGGGGCGGCCCCAGCCACAGGCCCAGGGUGAGCACCCUGAUGAGUUUGGCUUCCUGCUGGACCAUGUGCAGACGGCCCGCUCCCUCAACCGGUCCUCCUUUACCUACUACCCUGACCCCAGCUUCGAGCCGCUUGGGCCCUCCGGUGUUCUGGAUGUCAAGCCUGGCUCCCAUGUAGUGUUGAAGGGCAAGAAUCUGAUCCCUGCAGCAGCUGGCAGCUCCCGCCUCAACUACACGGUGCUGAUCGGGGGCCAGCCUUGCAUACUCACUGUCUCAGACACACAACUCCUGUGCGACUCACCCAGUCAGACAGGCCGCCAGCCUGUUAUGGUGCUGGUGGGCGGUCUGGAGUUCUUGUUGGGCACCCUGCACAUCACGGCAGAGCGGGCACUGACCCUACCGACCCUGGUGGGGCUGGCCGCAGGGGGCGGGCUCCUGCUGCUGGCCAUCACGGCUGUGCUGGUCGCCUACAAGCGCAAGACUCAGGAUGCAGACCGCACACUCAAGCGGCUCCAGCUUCAGAUGGACAGCCUGGAGUCCCGUGUGGCCCUGGAAUGCAAGGAAGCCUUUGCUGAGCUGCAGACAGACAUCAAUGAGCUGACAAACCAUAUGGAUGGGGUCCAGAUCCCUUUCUUGGACUACCGGACCUAUGCUGUGCGUGUGCUCUUUCCGGGCAUUGAGGCCCACCCAGUGCUCAGGGAGCUGGACACUCCCCCCAAUGUCGAGAAGGCCUUGCGCCUUUUCGGGCAGCUGUUGCAUAGUCGCGCCUUCCUGCUCACCUUCAUCCAUACACUGGAGGCCCAGAGCAGCUUCUCCAUGCGUGACCGUGGCACCGUAGCCUCGCUCACCAUGGUGGCCCUGCAGAGCCGCCUUGAUUAUGCCACGGGGCUGCUCAAGCAACUGCUGGCAGACCUCAUAGAGAAAAACCUCGAGAGCAAGAACCACCCAAAGCUGCUCCUGCGCAGGACCGAGUCAGUGGCUGAAAAGAUGCUUACCAACUGGUUCACGUUCCUGCUGCAUAAGUUUCUCAAGGAAUGCGCUGGGGAGCCGCUUUUCCUGCUCUACUGCGCCAUCAAGCAGCAGAUGGAGAAGGGACCCAUUGACGCCAUCACGGGCGAGGCGCGGUACUCGCUGAGCGAGGACAAGCUCAUCCGGCAGCAGAUCGAUUACAAGACGCUGACCCUGCACUGUGUGUGUCCGGAGAGUGAGGGAAGUGCUCAGGUCCCAGUGAAGGUUCUCAACUGCGACAGCAUCACCCAGGCCAAAGACAAGCUUCUGGAUGCUGUGUACAAGGGCCUCCCGUACUCCCAGCGGCCCAGAGCUGAGGACAUGGACCUAGAAUGGCGCCAGGGCCGCAUGGCUCGCAUUGUCCUCCAGGAUGAGGAUGUCACCACCAAGAUCGAGUGUGACUGGAAGAGGGUCAACUCACUGGCCCACUACCAGGUAACAGAUGGUUCCUUGGUGGCACUGGUGGCCAAACAAGUGUCUGCCUAUAACAUGGCCAACUCCUUCACCUUUACUCGUUCCCUCAGUCGCUACGAGAGCUUGCUCCGUACAGCCAGCAGCCCCGAUAGCCUCCGCUCGCGGGCACCCAUGAUCACGCCCGACCAAGAGACAGGUACCAAGCUGUGGCACCUGGUGAAGAACCAUGAUCACACCGACCACCGUGAGGGGGACCGUGGCAGCAAGAUGGUCUCAGAGAUAUACCUGACGCGGCUACUGGCUACCAAGGGCACACUGCAGAAGUUUGUGGAUGACCUCUUUGAGACCGUGUUCAGCACGGCACAUCGGGGCUCAGCUCUGCCUCUGGCCAUCAAGUAUAUGUUCGACUUCCUGGAUGAGCAGGCUGACCAACGCCAGAUAAGUGACCCUGACGUGCGCCACACGUGGAAGAGCAAUUGCCUGCCGCUGCGCUUCUGGGUGAAUGUGAUCAAGAACCCGCAGUUCGUGUUUGACAUCCACAAGAGCAGCAUCACAGAUGCCUGCCUAUCAGUGGUGGCCCAGACCUUCAUGGACUCCUGCUCCACAUCGGAGCACCGCCUGGGCAAGGACUCGCCAUCCAACAAACUACUGUAUGCCAAGGACAUCCCCAACUACAAGAGCUGGGUGGACAGGUACUACCGGGACAUAGCGAAGAUGGCACCCAUCAGUGACCAGGACAUGGAUGCCUACUUGGUGGAGCAGUCCCGUCUCCAUGCCAGCGACUUCAGUGUCCUUAGUGCACUCAGUGAGCUCUACUUCUAUGUCACCAAGUACCGCCACGAGGUUCUCACCGCCCUGGACCGAGACGCCUCCUGUCGCAAGCACAGGUUGCGCCAGAAGCUGGAACAGAUCAUCAGCCUCUCCUCCGGCCACAGCUAAGGGUGGCGGAACCGGUGAGGAGGGGGCUUCCCGGUGCUGAGCCGGCCUCGUCGCGAAGGCCGGCUGAUGCCUGGGUCUCGCGGCUGAGCCAUGGGCCAGGGGGGCACGGGGGAGGUCACCGGGCCCCACACCUGGGCCCCCUUCAUUAGUGCCUUGCUUGGGGCCCUGCGAGGGAGCGGGGAUGAUGGGGCCGAGCCCCCCACCCCAGCAGCAGCAAUACGCCCACCCUCCUGCCCUCGGGGCCGGGUGUUGUCACAGCCACCGCCCUCCUUGCUAUUUAUACCCCCCUCCCGCCCCCUAUUUAUUUAACUUAUCUCCUCCGCACCUCCUGGCCCGGGUCUGUAAAUAAUUACGUGGCGUCCAGCACCGCCCCCGCCGCUGUGUCACCAACCUCACUCACCUCCAUUGUGACAGUCAGCCGGGGCCUGGCCCCUGGCCCCACCUCACCCUUGCCACGGCGGCCCCAACAGUCUGAGGAGGGGGCCUUGGCAGCAGCAGCAUUUGGGGUGGGGCGGCGUGCCUGCAGACCGGGGCUGUGCCAGGGGUUCCCCCCGCGGCUGGGCCACAGUGUGCCCUCCACACGCGCGCGUCAGGCCGUGCGUCCUGGCAGGGCCGGCUGGCUCGCUCCCGUCCCCGAGUCGCUGGAGCGCUACUGCCAGGCAGGCGCGGGAUGGCCCUGGGCCUGGGCGCUGUGCGGCUCUCCUCGCGAAGUACUGCCGAACUUGCUCAGCGCGGCCUGCCCGCGGCCCGGAGCCCCUCGUCCUGAGCUGCCCUGUCCCGCGCCCGCCCCAAGGGGCCCAGGCGGCCGUGCCUUACUCCUUCGUUCUGCUUCCCCUGAGGAACCUGGCCGCCGUCCCGUGGCCCCGGCAGCUCAGUUGUCUCUGCGUUUGGGGCAUAGCUUUCUCUUUGUGCGGGUAACUUUUAUUUUUCCUUCCUCAUUAAACAUUGGGAAAACGGA